UAUUACAUACCUCUUUCUAAGCUUUUUGUCACUCCCUUCAAUUCAUCCUGUACUUCUUCUCCCUUCAUCAAUAAUAAUGAAGCACCACAUGAGAGGAAAGCUUCCUCGCCCAAUCAUUAUCACCACAAUUUGUGUUCUUUUCUUUGUAGCUGCUUUGUAUGCUGAGAGGCUCAGUCUCAUUUCCUCAAGAACAUCCAUCUUCAAGUUCAAACCAUGUUCUAGGAAGUACAGCAAAGCAAAAUCUAAUGAGAGAAAAUCAGAGGUAUUAGCAAAUACAUCAUGGAUUGAUGAUAGGUUUGAUUUUGAUGCUGAAGAGUGCAAUGUUGCAAAUGGGAAAUGGGUGUUUAACAAAUCAAUAGAGCCUUUGUACAAUGACACAAGCUGUCCCUACAUAGAUAGACAAUAUUCUUGUUUAAAAAAUGGAAGGCCAGAUUCUGAUUUCCUCCGUUGGGAGUGGCAGCCUGAGGAUUGCACCUUGCCAAGAUUUAAUCCAACGGUGGCUCUGAAAAAGAUUCAAGGCAAGAGGCUACUUUUCGUAGGAGAUUCACUGCAGAGAAAUCAAUGGGAAUCAUUUGUGUGUUUGGUCCAAGGUAUCAUCCCUCGCAAGCAAAAGUCUAUGAAACGAGGUCGUGUUCAUUCGGUUUUCAAAGCCAAGGAAUAUAAUGCUACAAUUGAAUUCUAUUGGGCACCAUUCCUUGUUGAGUCCAACAGUGAUAUCCACAUAAUUGGAGAUCCAAAGAAGAGAAUAAUAAAAGUUGAUGCUAUUCAAGAGAGAGCUAAAAACUGGACAGGGGUUGAUAUUCUUGUAUUCAACACCUAUGUUUGGUGGAUGAGUGGCCUCAGAGUUAAUGCAUUAUGGGGUUCAUUUGCUAAUGGAGAAGAAGGGUAUGAAGAAUUGGAGACACCAAUUGCUUACAAAUUAGGGUUGAAGACAUGGGCCAAUUGGGUGGACUCAACUAUUGAUCCUAACAAAACUCGAGUCUUCUUCACAACUAUGUCCCCUGCACACACUAAAAGCGAAGAAUGGGGCCACAAGGAUGGUGUGAAAUGCUUCAAUGAGACAAAGCCAGUGAGGAAAAAGAACCAUUGGGGAAGUGGUUCCAAUAAGGGAAUGAUGAGUGUGGUGGCAAGUGUUGUGAAGAAAAUGAAGGUUCCAGUGACAGUGAUCAACAUAACACAAAUAUCAGAAUAUAGAAUUGAUGGCCAUUCCUCAGUUUACACUGAAACAGGUGGCAAAUUGUUAGAUGAAGAGGAAAAAGCUAACCCUAAAAAUGCAGAUUGUAUACAUUGGUGUUUGCCUGGAGUUCCAGAUACUUGGAAUCAAAUCUUUUUGGCUAUGCUGUAACACAUACACAUGUAAUAUUAAUAGACUAAAAUUAAGAAGAUCCAUGCCUUUUUUCUUUUCUUUGACAUGAAGAUGUCUUUCAUGUAAAGCGCACACAAUUAUCUUUUGUUGGUGUCUGUAUGUCAUAUAAAUAUAUAUUCA